GUGUGGGGCCUCCUAAAGUGGACCUGAAGGCAAAGACGCGAAAGAGCACGCUGCCGUGGACUUUACUUUCUUCUUCUCCGGUUUCGUAGUUCUCAUUCUCGUUUCUGACAGACACCAACCCACCAACAACUACAACAAACUUUGUAUUGGAUCCCCCAACCAAAACAAAAAAAGUGAACAAAAAUGGCGUCGACGGAGGGUCUUGUACCUAUAACGAGGACUUUCCUUUCUUCUUACUACGACAAAUACCCAUUUGCCCCUUUAUCCGAUGACGUCUCUCGACUCUCCUCUCAAAUUCGCUCCAUGGCUAACGAUUUACUCCUUGACCUUCCCCCCUCUCAAGGUGAAAGCUUAUUGUUACAUGAAGCUGACUCUCCUCCACCCCAUAAAAUCGAUGAAAACAUGUGGAAGAAUCGAGAGCAUAUUGAAGAGAUUCUCUUCUUACUUGAUAAAUGCCAUUGGCCUCCCACGCUCCAACAGCAGUCGACGCCUGAUGAUGCUGAACUUGCUGUUAUUUUGGGGCAGAUCAAAGAUAAAUUUCAGAGCACUUUAAAAGCUCUAGAAACAUUCCAAGCUACAAAUUCUGAACGCGUGUUCAAUACAGUUAUGACAUACAUGCCUCAAGAUUUUCGAGGAAAGCUUAUCAGACAACAAAGAGAACGUUCUGAGAGGAAUAAACAAGCCGUGGUUGAUGCUUUAAUUAAUUCUGGAGGAAGUAUACAUGAUCGAUAUGCUCUUCUCUGGAACCAACAAAUGGAGAGGAGGAAACAGUUAGCUCAGCUUGGUUCAGCUACAGGUGUUUACAAAACCCUUGUGAAGUAUUUGGUUGGGGUUCCACAGGUUUUACUAGAUUUUACCCGUCAAAUAAAUGAUGAUGAUGGUCCGAUGGAAGAGCAAAGACAUCGUUAUGGACUGCCUCUAUAUAAGCUUACAGCAAUGGUGCUUUUUAUUCGGCUCUUUCUUUCAUUGGCUUGGGGCCGGUUUGAGCCUGGAAAGUUAAAGAGGGAAAAUGUUGCUGUCUUGGAACUGGCAGUUGAUGUCUACACUACUGAGUUCGCAAGGUUCAUCACAUUUAUUAGUGAGGUCUUCGCAAAUUCACCCUUCUUUAUCUCAGCAGAGGAAGCUGGUGCAUUGGAGGGAAGGAAAAAUGAUGAUUACAAAGAAAUAAUUGUUCCAGCUGGAAAAAGGCACGAGGUUUUGCUGUCAGUAGAUGCAAUUAAUUCAUACAUCGCAUGGGAUUUCUCUGUAGUACAGGGCAAGAUAACUGUGGAUAUUGGAUUUAGUGUGGAGUACACAAAUCCGUCUGGUGAAAAAACUCUAAUUUUACCUUAUCGACGUUGUGAAUCUGAUCAAGGUAACUUUUGCACGUGCAUGGCCGGAGACUACAGACUAAUUUGGGACAACUCAUAUGCAAAUUUUUUUAAGAAGGCUCUACGUUACAAAGUGGAUUGUAUACCUCCAGUUGUAGAGCCAUUACCAGCCGGAACCCAAGUUAAAGAAUGAGGGGGCAUAAUUGUAGCAUUAACAUUACAUUCGUUCUCGUGAAGUUGCAUGUUCAUGUAUUUGCGUUGGGUUUGUGAUUCAUAAUAUUACUAGUAUUAUUAUUCUCUCACCGUAGGUUGGUUCCCUUUAUGGGUUCUCCACGCUCCAUUGAGAUUCAACAAUUGGUUGGUUCAGAAUGUACUAUAUUUGUAGGAUUACUUGUAUAUAAUUUAAACCUGGCAUCAGCAAAGUCGAUUCUUAA